UGUACAGUAAGUUCAGUAAAAUGGCUAAAGCCAGUAUUUCAGUGGAUCAGGAUCAAUUCAUCUGUCCAGUGUGUCUGGAUCUCCUGAAGGACCCUUUGACUCUCCCCUGUGGUCACAGUUUCUGUAAGAUGUGUAUCAAUUGCUGCUGGGAUCAAGAUGAUCAGAAGGGCGUCUACAGCUGUCCUCAGUGCAGAGACACUUUCACAUCAAGGCCUAUUCUGCGAAGAAACAACACGCUGGCUGAAGUGGUGGAGAAACUGAAGAAGGCGACUGAAGUUCAAGAUGCUUCUCCUGCUCAAUGUUACACUGAACCUGGAGAUGUGGAGUGUGAUUUCUGCACCGGGAGAAAACACAAAGCUGUCAAGUCCUGUCUAAAGUGUGUGGCUUCUUACUGUGAAACGCAUCUAAAAUCUCAUUUGGAAGUUCCUGCUUUGAAAAAACACACAUUAAUUGAAGCUUCAGCAAAACUUCAAGAGAAGAUCUGCUCUGAACAUAACAAGCUGAUCGAAAUCUACUGCCGUACUGAUCAAACCUGCAUCUGUUAUUUGUGUACAAUGAAUGAUCAUAAAGAUCACGACAUCGUCACAGCCACAACUGAAAGAGCUGAGAAACAGAGUGAGUUAAAGGAGGAGCAGAUGAAAUCCCAGCAGAGAAUCCAGGAGAAGCAGAAGAAGGUGCAGGAGCUGAAACAGGCUGUAAACACUAUAAAGCUUAGUGCACAGACAGCAGUGGAGGACAGUGAGAGGAUCUUUACUGAGCUGAUCAGCUCCAUGGAGAAAAAGCGCUUGAAGGUGACGGAGCUGAUCAGAGCUCAGGAGAAGACUGAACUGAGUCAAGCUGAACAACUCCUGGAGCAACUGGAGCAGGAGAUUGCUGAUCUUCAGAAAAGACUUACUGAGCUGGAGCAGCUUUCACACACACACGAUCACAUCCAGUUCCUCCAGAGUUUCCAGUCUCUUUGUAUUUCUUCUGGAUGUAAUGACCCCUUCAGUCUUCCUGUCCAUCAACAUCUCUCAUUUGAUGGAGUGAGAAAUUCUCUCUCAAAUCUGAAAAAGAGAUUUGAGGAAUUCUCUGCAGUAGAUCAGAUAAUUUCACCAUCAGAGCCACAGAGCAGAGAAGAUUUUCUGAAAUAUUUCUGUUAUCUGACUCUGGAUCCCAACACGGCACAUCGUAACCUCAUUCUGUCUGAGAAGAACAGAGCAGUAACAGCCAGUAAAAAAGUACAGACAUGUGUUGGUCAUCCAGAGAGAUUUGAUUACUGGCCUCAAGUGUUGUGUAAGGAGAGUGUGAAUGGACGCUGUUACUGGGAGGUGGAGUGGACCUGCGCUAAUUGUGACUCAAUUUCAGUCUCAUAUAAAGACAUCUCCAGGAAAGGACAUGCUGAUGAGUGUGGGUUUGGACACAAUGAUCAGUCCUGGAGUUUGGUGGGUUCAUCAUCUUUUCUCUCAUUCUACCACAAUGACAUUAAGACUGAUCUUGGCAUUCCAUCGUCCUCCAGAAUGGGAGUGUAUGUGGAUCACAGUGCAGGAACUCUGUCCUUCUACAGCGUCUCUGACACGAUGAAGCUCCUCCACAGAGUCCACACCACAUUCACUCAGCCUCUGUACGCUGGGUUCAGACUCUACUGUUUGUUUGGUUCUACAUUUGUGAGAUUGUGUGAUCCAGAAUAAAGUGUGCAGUGUUUUUUUUUCCCUGCACAUAGGCAUCUGUCUCAUUAGCACACAGUCCAUAUGCACAACUAAUUAAUUUAACACAACAACUAUUUAAGAGGAAAUAAUAUCAAUUAAAAUAUAAACAUAUCAAAUAUGACAUAAUGAAAAUUUUCCUUAGAGCUCAGCAUGGGCUUCACUUUACAUUUACAUUUUUCUUGAUGUUUAAAUUUGACCAAUUACAGUUAGAUCCUUAUAAUUAUUCUGGAAGAUCAAAUACAGGCCGGGG